GGCGUGGUGUGCUUUGUGCUUCUGGAGGGAAACUGCAGCCCUACAGCAUCUGCUGGCCCUCAGGGAGGCAUGGACAGCAGGAAUGGGCAGCCUGGAGCAUCCCUGGAGCUGCUUCUCCACUGCUUCAUCCCGCGGGGGAGGAGGGACCUGCUGGUGGCUGUCCUUACCAGCCCUUCCCAGAGUCCUUCCUUUGCUCUCUCCAUCAAAUGCACCGCUCUAGGACCAAUCCAGCAAUCAAUCACCACUUUUCUUAAUCCCUUUUAGAAAAAGGGAGUCACCCCCUGCUCUGAGGAAUACCCCCACCUGCAGCUUCUUUGCAUGAAAACGCCUUGGAGCUCUCGGCUGCUAAUUCCUGCACGGAGGAAAAUCAUAAAAUCAUUUGGAGAGGCAGGUCUGGGACCUUGGGAGCAGCAGGGCUCUGUGCCGGCUGCCGGCAGAGCCCAUCCCUUCCUUUCUGCCCAGGAUGAUGCAGGAACAAAGCCCCACCUAAGGACCACGGCUGCCUUCCCUGGGCCCCUGCCAUCCAGGGGGAUGGAGCAGGGAAAAUUCCCCAAAACGCCAAGAAGCUUUUGGAAAAGGCCAUGAAGACAGCUGGGGAUUUACAGUCCAGCACUCCAGGUUGGAUGUGGGCGCCUUCUCCCGUGUGCUGCCAUCAUGAGAAGGUUUAAGGACCUGAUUUUAUGGAUGCCUAAAUAAAUACAUGGGGCUAAUAUAUCACAAUACAGGGUACAUUUAUCUGCUUUGCAGGAGCGGGAUGGAAUUAGACGGCAGUGUCUCUCUCAAGGCCAGCCCCGCCGUAAUUCAUGCCCCGAGGCGACCAGCCAAGGGGAGGAGGAGGAGGAGGAAUUCUGCAGGCAGCAGUAUUGAUGGGCUACUCCCAGAAGCUUUGUUUUAAUUAAUUUUCAGAGCCCUCCUUGCAGUGGAUCAGGCAGCUCCUUCAAAACCUCCUUCCACCCACUGCUGCCCACGCUCUUGUGCAGGGUCUGGGGCAGCGGGGUGAGCCCGGGAGCCCCCAGGCUUUUGGUUAAACAGUGCCGAAGCUGCUGCCGUUUUUACACAGGGGGGGCUUCUCCUGGGCAAGAGGCCUCUUUGAUGGCCACAGCGUGGGCAGGUGUAUUUGUCACAGCUUUUCUCUUCCCCUUUUCAUUGACUUUCCCCUUGUUCCUGCUGCCAGGGGUCAGUCGGGGCGUUGGCUGGACUUUGCCGAAAGUCCACCCAAACCAUCUGGUUUCCCCGGUGCUGACGCAGUGCCCUGCCCCUGAGAUACGAGGGGUUUGAAGAGCCGGGGUUGCAGCCCCGUCGGGCGUGUGGUGCUGAGGCUGGAACGGGGCUGUGCCGGCUCCAAAGCUUUUCCUGAGCCAGCAGGUCUGUGAGCUCGAACCGCAUUUGCCCCGCGAGCGGCAAGGUGACAGCGGCCAGCACAGCUCGGCGCUGAGUUCGGGGUGACCCGGCUGACGUGAAGGGAGCUGUGCCCAUCCAGGACGCCAUGGCCAGUGACACGGAGCCCUCCAGCACCAUCAAACUGCUGCACCUGCUUUUCCUCUCCGCCUCCUGGGGAAUGCAGCUCUGGGUGACCUUCGUGGCCGGGUUCGUGAUGAGCAGGCACCUCCCUCGCCACACCUUCGGCUCCAUCCAGCGUGAGCUCUUCCCCUACUACUUCCACAUCAGCUCCACCUGCGCCUUCCUCAACCUGACCCUGUUCGCCUUGUCCCACCCCAGCGAGCGGCUGGGCGAGGAGCACACGACCCAGAUCGUCACCUUCUUGGUCUGCAUCGCCGCUUCCGUGCUGAACGCGCAGUGCUUCGGGCAGGCCACCUCCGACACGGCGUCCGAGCUGCAGCUGGUGGAGCGCAGGCACGGGCUGGGGCAGGAGCCGGGGAGGGCCGGCAGCGAGCCCCGCAGGAAACUCCGCGAUUCCAGCCCCAGCUACAGGCAGCUGGCCCGGCGCUUCACCCUCUGCCACGCUCUGUCCUCCCUCUGCAACCUCUGCUGCAUCGUGUGCAACGGGCUGAGCCUGCAGCACCUGGCUGCGCAGCUCUCUGCCCUCUGAGGGCAAGGACGGUGCCAGGGCAGGGCUGGCCAGGGCCCGGCCCCUGCUUGCUUUGCUGUAAAAACAACCCCGAGAUUUGGGCGUUAAACUGCAGCAUCCUCGGGCGGAGAGAGCCUCGGAGCGUUUGGGAAUUUAGGAAUAGCGAAAUGGAAAUGUGUUGUCUACAGCUGCCUGCAGCCAGCCUCCGUGAUUGAAGCAGGAGUGGUUUAUGGCUGAACAGCUCUCUAAUGCCCCGUGCAGUAGCUGUGUCCAAAGCUGCGGUGUAUUCCUGCAGUCACAGAGAGACUGCAGAACAGAAAGAAAUGAGACAUUGAGAAUUGAUUCUAAUUAAAAGCCAAAUGCAAACACAGAAGUGCAGAAGACCCUGUAUGUUGGCUGUAGCAGUUAAGGUAACAGAUAAGGGUGUGAUGUUGGGGUUUACAA